AUUGGCUGCUACCUUGGGUUUGCACUGACAUGGCACCGUCUGCUCCAGAACUGCACAGAUGAAAAGAACAGCAAAAAGAUCAGGGCUCUGGAUUCAUUAAUAGGGAUGGUUCAGAAAUUCCCAUAUGAAGACCCCACUUAUGAUAAGCUGCAAGAAGAUCUGGAAAAAAUUAGAGGAAAAUUUAAACAGGUUUGUUCAAUGCUAAAUAUUCAGUCUGAUUUUAGAAUUGGUGCUGAAAGAUCUUCCCUAACAUUUUGA